AAAAGGACAAUGAACUCUACCGCGCUUCAGUACAGUGCGGCAGAAAGAUAUGCGGAAAGCUUUGCAAAAAAAUUCACUAUUGUCUUCCUUGGCAUCGUUAUUAACUGUAUCAACGGAGUAUUUGUGUUUACAUUCUUUAAAAGUUCAACUUUCUACAAUGAUCCGAGAUAUAUAUUAUAUAUUCACCUGGUUAUCAAUGAUAUGCUUAUGGUUUUUAUAACUGUGGCUCUUUUUGUGAUGGCUUUUGCAUGGCAAAAUGUACCUGUGCCAUUCUGUAUUCUACUGUUGAUAAUAGGUUCAGCAACUCAUAAGAAUACUCCAUUGACCUUAGCCGGUAUGGCCAUUGAGCGUUACAUUGCCAUCUGUAAACCUCUGCAUCAUGCUCAGAUCUGUACACUACGCAGGACGUACAUCCUCAUCUCUCUCAUUUGGGGAGUUGGAGUUAUGCCUGCGUUGGCUGACUUGAUAGUCUUUUUAAUUUUUCGUUCUUCUUCAAUCUUAACAAGCGGUUUCUGUAGUACAGCAAAUCUGUAUAACACACCGUACCAUGAACUACAAAGCAAAGUUACCAGUGGGCUUUAUACAUCUGCUGUGUGGCUGAUUCUUGUAUUCACUUAUUUUAAAGUGCUGGUUACUGCCAGAAGAGCCAAUACUGAUAAAUCCUCGGCUAAAAAAGCCCAGAGCACCAUCCUGUUACAUGGUAUACAGCUUUUGAUCUCUAUGUUAUCUUAUAUCACUCCUGUUAUAGACAGGAUGUAUUCUGAUGUUACACCUGUUGUGCUGUCAAAAGUCCUCUUUUUUAAUUAUCUUUUAACAAACUUGUUACCACGACUGCUCAGCCCCCUGAUUUACGGUGUGCGGGAUCAACAUUUUCUAAAGUCUAUUAAAGGAAUGAUUUUAUGCAGAUUUGUAAGUGUUAAAGUUGAACCAAAAGGCAAUAAGCUAAAGAAGUAA